UUGUAACCACUAUACAAUAAAACAGGUGUUUAAAUAUUAUGAAAGUGUACCCAUUAGUAGAAUUUUGUUAAUGCAGUAGUUCUAUUGUUUAAAAACAACAAGAAGCAUACAGUAGGAAAAUGGUGGCUGCAAAUCUUGACGAACAGAUUGAAAAAUUGUUCAAAUGUGAAAAAUUGCCUGAAAAUCAAGUGAAAGAGUUGUGCAACAAAUUCAAAGAGCUGACGAUUAAGGAUAGCAACUUGGUUGUUCUGUCUACACCAAUAACAGUAUGUGGGGAUAUCCAUGGUCAGCUCCCUGAUUUGGUUGAGCUGUUCACGGUAGGAGGAUUGAUACCAUAUACCACAUACCUAUUUCUUGGUGAUUAUGUCGACAGGGGCUACAACAGCAUUGAGACUUAUCUACUCAUGAUGGCAUUGAAGGUCAGAUAUCCUACUAGAAUCUAUCUUCUUCGAGGGAAUCAUGAAUCGAGAGAGAUCACACAAGUCUAUGGAUUUUAUGAUGAAUGUCUCAGAAAAUAUGGAAGCAUAACAGUUUGGAGGUACUGCGUUGAAACAUUCAACAUGCUUUCUCUUGCCGCAAUAGUGGACGGAAAGGUGUUUUGCAUCCACGGUGGUUUAUCUCCCAAUAUUGAUCUUUUGGAUGAUAUUAAGAUGAUAGAUAGAUUUCAGGAAGUACCACAUCAUGGUGCAAUGUGCGAUCUCCUCUGGUCUGACCCAGAAGAACUCAACGGUUGGGGAGUUUCACCAAGAGGUGCAGGAUAUUUGUACGGAUCCGAUGUCGUAGACAAGUUCAGGAUGGUCAAUUCUGUUGACUACAUUGCAAGGGCUCAUCAGUUGGUUCUUGAAGGCUACAAGUGGCAUUUUAGGAAUACAGUUGUGACAGUCUGGUCAGCUCCGAACUACUGUUACAGGUGCGGGAACGUAGCUUCUCUAUUAGAAAUGGAGCAGGGCCAUGAAUCAUUCACAAUAUUUGAUGCCGCUCCUUCUGGACAAAGAUUAGUAGCAGGUAAGAAGAAUCCAUCGCCAGAAUAUUUUGUCUGAUUGGUCUGUUCCAAGAUGGAGGGAUAAGAUUGUUUUAUGAGCAUUUUAUGAAUUGUUGAGAUCUUUGAAUAUUAGAGUAGACAUGCUUUUAGAAUUUCUAUAUAAUAAACCUAC